AUGGGGACUGAGACAGGGACAGUCAACCAUGUACUGGAAAUGUCAACUCCACAAAGAGGCCAGAGACCAGAGAAGGGUCAGCUGAAUGAUCACUCUACACAUGCAACUGCAGUCAUGGAGCAUAAGAAACAGCUUUUGUUCACUGUGGCACUGCUAGCAGCCAUUCCCGUCUCAUUAGAAAAUUUCGAGGUCAUCUCUCCCCGGAAUGUGUUGGGGGUUGUUGGCCUGGACACAGUUCUUCCCUGCAAUGUCUCUUCCACGAAGCCACUGUAUGACAUUGAAGUCCAAUGGAAGAAAAUCACAGAUGGGCAUAUAGAAGAUGUCUACAUAUGGAGGAACACAGUUAACCAACCGGGGCAGAAAUACGUGGGGAGGACUGAAUUGCCAAAAGAUGGACUUGCCUCUGGGAAUGUGUCCCUAACACUCAAGAAUGUGAUGCCAGCAGAUGAAGGAACGUACAGCUGUAUUGUGAAUUCCAAGGACUGGAGUGCUGACACAACCACCAUGCUCAGCAUUGCAGGUACCAGUGAAGUAUUCUUUGAAAUAUUGGGCCCCCGAGGACAAGGUAUUGAGCUUGCCUGCAGAUCACAUGGAUGGUUCCCCAAACCCACUGUAGAGUGGGUUGUUCAGAAUAAGCAGAUGCUGUCUCCGGACACUCAAAUACAUCAGGACAGCAAGAAGCUCUUCAGUGUGCUGAGUCGAGUCACAGUUACAAGACAGGAAGUGGAAGAAGUCACCUGUAAAAUCCAGAGCAACCUGGCACAGGCUGAGAAAACUACUGUGCGCCUCUCAAAAUAUGAGAAAAUGACUUCAAAUGCAGAAUAUGACAUACUGCAGGCUCGAUGUGAGUUCAGACGGGCUCGAAGCUACAUGGUGCCCAUCACCCUGGAUGUAGCAUGGAAACACCCUGAACUUGCCCUGUCUCCUGACCAGAGAACAGUACAUCACGAGCCUUCUGAUCAGGGUUCCAUCAUUAAGUGCCAGCUCCCCAUCGUGGUGGGCAGGGAGGGCUUUGCCUCAGGGCGGCAUUACUGGGAGGUGCAGGUGUGGAAUGGGUUGGACUGGGAGGUGGGAGUACUGACAGAGACUGUGAGGGACACUCUGGUAGGAGAGAGCCGGGAGGAGCUUCCUGAGGAUGGAGUCUGGUCACUGAGAAGGGUGAAAGGAAAGUUCUGGCCUGAGGAGGCCAAUAAUGUGAUGCAUCAGAAUACUGCCCCACUAGCAGCGGUUGGGCUUGACUUGGACUUAGAGCACAGCACACUCUCCUUCUACAAUGCUGGGGUUUCAGGACUUAUCCUGGAAGUCUCCAUCGAAACGUCAACGAAACUAUACCCUUUCCUCAAACCAGGCCUUAGUAAGGUAGGAGAGAAGGGGAAACCCCUCUCCAUCAACCACAACACAGGGUGGGACUACCCACAAAAAAUGCAGUAUGAUAUGGUACAUGGAAACAUGACCUGA